AAUCACGUUCGGGUACCAAACUCAAUUCUCUAACUCUUCUCAUCUCAUUCUCAACCUUACCUCACUCCCUCUAAUUUUUUUCCCUCUCUCCUAUUCUGCAUUGCUUGUUUUGAUUCGGAUUUUUCUGGUACCAAGUCUGUCCAAACAGCAAUCCCAUCUCUCUCUCUCUCUCUCUCUCUUUAUUUUUUCCUCCUUUCAAUAAAGCAUUAUUCCAUUUCGUCUCAAUCUCUCUUUUUUAAUACCCUCUUCCCCAUUGCUACUAUCCUCUCUGUUUUCAGUGUUUUUCAUCUCUCUCUCACUCUCUCUCUCUCUCAAAGGAAAAAAAAAAAGGAGAUUUGGAAAUGAAGAAGGUCAUACUAAAGCUGGAUUUGCAUGAUGACAGAGCUAAGCAGAAAGCUUUGAAAACAGUCUCUACUCUUCCAGGGAUUGAUGCCAUAUCAAUGGACAUGAAGGAUAAGAAACUCACAGUGAUAGGGACAGUGGAUCCAGUAAAUGUAGUGAGCAAACUGAGAAAGUAUUGGCAGACAGAUAUAAUCUCAGUUGGGCCAGCAGUGGAGCCCAAGAAGGAGGAGCCCAAAAAGGAAGAGCCCAAGAAAGAAGAGGCUAAGAAAGAAGAAGGCAAGGAGGAACCAAAGAAGGAGGAGGGAAAGAAAGAAGAACCAAAGAAAGAGGAAGAAAAGAAGGAAGAAAAGAAAGAAGAGAAGAAGGAUGAAGAGAAGAAGAAAGAGGCUGCUCCGGCACCGCCGCCACCGGACCCUGUGUUGGAGCUCGUGAAGGCUUAUAGAGCAUACAACCCCCACAUGACCACAUAUUACUAUGUGCAGAGCAUGGAAGAGAAUCCAAAUGCUUGUGUUAUUGUUUAAAGAAAAACAAUUUCCAAGUUUUUCAAGAGAGGAUUAAUUAAUCCCGAAAAUAUUUUGAGGGAAUGGUGAAAUAUGUUUUGUAAGGAAAAAAAAAAAAAAAACCAAACUAAGAGAAUAUAGGAGCUCUUUGUAUAUACAUGGUGAUGCCCCCCCUCUCCUCAUUGAAAAAUGUUCAAAAGCAUUAGUAAUGUGUUGUGUAGAGCUAAAUAAUAUAACCAAUGUUUUUUUUUUGGUAUCAAGAUAAUAUAAUCGUUUGGAUGCAUGUA